UGUGCAUUAGUGCACUCGGAUCACUCUCUCUUGCACUCUGAACAGCAACUGCACAGGGAUGGAUGUGCGUAACUGUCAGCUGUGGCUUUGCACUUGUCCUUUAAGCUGGAGGCGGUUUCAUUGUAUAAAUACUUGGGCAGACAGUCCGUAGCCAGCAAAAGAGGAUUUCACUGAAGCUCCAGUUCGUACUAUCUGUGAUCGUGAGGCAAGCUGCACCCAGACCAUUCCAGAAUGGAUCCCCAGAACUGCUCCUGCUGCACUAAUGAUGGAAACUGCACCUGUGGUAGUAGCUGCAAAUGUGAAGACUGCAAGUGUACAUCCUGCAAAAAGAGUUGCUGUUCCUGCUGCCCUUCUGGAUGCAGUACAUGUGAAUCGGGUUGUGUCUGUAAAGGGAAACCAUCUGAAAAAUGCAGUUGCUGCCAGUGAACAUGCACAACUUAUCCUUAAUUGCUAAUACGUUCUGCCAGAGAGUUACAAGAUUGAAUAAAAUGCAUGCAUUUGAUGGUUUCAUUUUUUUAUCACUGCAUAAAAGAAGGUGUAUGUACCCCAUGUUACUCACACAUGUGGGUACUCAGUACUUGCACAUGGUUCUGCUGCAUUUCCUGAUUCUGAACUAUGAAAACAAAGCAACACCGAAGAUAAAUUAUAUUAUCCAGGAUGACUGAAUGGCAACUCGACACCGUAAAAUUCCACUACCAAUCAUGAGCGGACAGGUGAUCCGCUGUGGCGACCCCUAACUGGGAAAAGCCAAAAGAAGAUUGAUUUUAACUGCUAUAGAUAAAAGUCAACAGCUCAGGAUAUCCUGCUAUUACCUUUUUUAAAGCUUUACACAUUUGUUCAUCAAUAACUUGUAACUAAAAUACAUUCCAUCCAUUACUUAAAGCCACUCUGCUCUCUCUAUUUUUUUAAAGUGAAAGUGAUCUAUCAUUUGAUGUUCUAUUUUGCAUUAACUCCUUGAUAGCAUUUAUUCCAACUAUGGAUUUACAAGCUUAACUGGAGGCUUUUUGUGUAAUGCAGAGUUGUAACUAAGAAAAAUGUUUGACUGUAUUUAAUAAUGAAAUAAACUUUCCGGUGGUUAUUUAUGACAA